AUGUCCACUGCCAACUCUUCGUUCUCCUCAUCGUCGUCCCCGUCUUCUGAGAAAUUGGAGCACCAGGAACCCACAAACAAUCGUAGAAGAAUCAGAACAAUCAAUGAUGUAAAUGAUGAGUCGAGAACGGAAGGCUGGAGGGUCAUCGGAGCUGAAAUCGAAAUAGCAAAUGAGAUUGAUACCAUCUCAGAAGUCGGAUACUUGUAUUAUGGGCUCAACAAAGAGCUGACUUCUGAGAUGGUAAAGAAAGAUAGAAAAAGAGAAGAAGCCCAGAAGAAUUUGGAAUUGGAGCGGUCAAAAGAAUCAGAAAGUGACGGAGUGGAUAUGGUCGCCCCUCAAUUAGAAGAUGUUGGUCCAUCCGAGGAAGAAGAGGAAGCCUGUGAAGAGAUCGGGGAGCGAGAUUCGGAGGUUAUUGAUGUUGUUGGGACAUCACAGGGCGAUGAGAUCAUGGAAGUUACGGAUGAUGAAAGGACAUAUGAAGAAAAGGUUUUGAUUUUAUCGAAUUUGAAGAAGACGAAUAUAACUCCUUCUCCUCUUCUACCUCAUCAGCCUCUCGCUCCAUUUUGGCAGAACUUGAUGAUGCAACGCCCACUUCUCUCACUGUUCCCGCCGGUCGCCGCCCCAAUCCAAAUGGAUCCAAUGGAUCUGUCAGUUAACUCGGCCCCCAUGGAAGAGGAGGAAGAUGGCGAGAAGCUCGAAGAAGAUAAUUAUGAUGCUGAAAAUGUGGGCAAUGGUGAUCAGAUGCUCGACUUCGUUGUCGGUUUUGGUGAUGAGGAAGAGAUGGAUGAUCACUACGAAGAAGAACAAGAAGAAGGAAACUUUGGGGCCGGCGCAAGCUCGGAAGGAGAAGAGAAGAUUGUUGAUCUAUUCGCCGGACAUCCCGAUGGACUCAAAGCAAUCAACCGUGCGAUGAACUACAACUUUCUUCAUGCCACCAAUGGGUUGAAAACAAGGAACAAGUAUAAGCGCUUCAUAAUGAAAAAUACCGAAUCUCUGAAAGCAACCGAAUCAAUUUUGGAACCAAUGUACGAAAAGUACUUCGUUCAAAAGCAGAAGGAGAAAGAGCGUCGACGAAAAGUGAGAGCUGAAGCAAGAACUUUCAACAACCGUCCGGAGCGACUGCUAUUCAGACCUUUCUAA